AUGCAUGGCACCAGGAUCCACAGGGAACUCCCUAAAAAACGCAAAUUCCAAUAUGAAAUUGAAUUUACUUCUGAAGCUGUGAAAUCUAACUUGGAAUCCUCUGUGGCUGUAUAUUUGGUACAAAAAUCUUGUAAUGUCAAGAGUGAAGCAAUAUUUUUGGUCUUCAAUCUGAUAUUUACACCAAAGAAACCAAUGAGGACUAAGGUUACAUUGAAAAUUGAGUGCGUAACAGACGGGAUCUGGAAGUUUCCUAUACUGUUGACUGCUACUGAGCCUGAUGUUGAUGAUGUUAUUGACUUUGAAGGAGUUGGUUUAUUUAAGGAAGCUGUGAUUGACUUUAGGGUGUCAAGUCAGACAAGACGGACUGAGCCAUUCACUGCAUAUUUCCUACCUGGCAGUGAUCCAGAGUUUUUUGUAAAACCUAAGUCUGGAGACCUUCUUCCUUAUAAUACUAAAGGAACGCUCAUCACAGUGGGAUUUAAACCUCGAAUGUACAGUAAAAGCUAUAAAGCAAAGCUAGCAAUACAGACGGCAGAUAUGUACUGGCUAUAUGAUAUCAAUGGAUUACCCCAAGAAUACACACCACCGAUGAAUGUAAAACCUAAAAUCAAUACUACUAACAAGAUAUACGACAGCUUACCAACUCGUCAGCGCAAUUUUCUCCGGGAAAAUGCUAAACUCUUAAGGACAGGGGUAUCUUCUACCAUCAAGGGUGCCCCUAUGGUGACGAAGCAUAAAUAA